GUUUAGUCUGUUAGGGUUACAGUACGUUGACCAUCAUUGUCGGUAUCUACACUGCCUGUGAUGAACAUGAUCCGCUAAGAUGUCUAUGGUGCAGGUUUACUUGGGGCAUUGAAAUGACCUACUGCACUCCGUAUCUUCUCCAGCUCGGCCUCACUAAAUCUCGAACAUCACUUGUCUGGAUCGCUGGUCCUUUGUCUGGGUUGAUUAUCCAGCCUCUCAUUGGGGUCAUUGCUGAUCGGUCGCGAUCGAAAUGGGGAAGACGAAGGCCAUUCAUGAUUGUAGGCUCAUUGAUCGUCGCGAUGUGUUUGUUAGUGCUGGGAUGGACCUCAGAGAUUGUCGGUCUUUUUGUCAAGGAGGCAGAAAAGGCCAACCGAGUUACCAUUGCGCUAGCGGUCCUUAGCAUUUAUGCCGUAGAUUUUGCCAUCAAUAUCGUCCAAGCGUGUUGUCGGAGCUUGAUAGUUGAUACAUUGCCUAUCCCAUCACAGCAGGCUGGGUCAGCAUGGGCCACUAGAAUGUCAGCCAUUGGCCAGCUCAUUAGUUAUGUUAUCGGAUCAAUCGAUACAGUUAGCAUAUUUGGCACCACAAUUGGCGAUACUCAGUUUAAGCAGAUGACAGUUAUCGCUGCGCUAUCCUUACUCAUCUCUGUUCUGGUCACUUGUUAUGCGGUGAAGGAGAGGAUAUUGAUUACUGCUAGGUGAGUAGAUGACUGAGGAUACGCCCCAGAUGCGGUUCGUUGACUUGUGGGACAGAGACUCCGAAGGUAAGGCCGGGGCUUUCCAGGUCAUGUCUCAAUUAUUCAAAACUACAAUGGACUUGCCUCCCCGCAUCCAAGCCAUCUGCUGGGCUCAAUUUUGGGCGUGGAUUGGUAUAGACAUCCUUGUGAAAACUUUGAUACAACCCUCGCUAAUCUAUACCAGGCUGGUUUCCAUUCCUUUUCUA